UCUCAGCCAUUAAUCUGAACCCAGCGCCGCUGCUGUUUUUCAGCUGGAUACAGUCGAGAUAAAUGAUGGAUAUACUCGUUAGUUAGGAAAGCGCUGUGCUAAUGAGCGGUUCGCUACAUUUGUUCGGAGUUUUUUAAUCGAAGAAAGUUGGUAUUUUUGGCCCCGUUCGUGCCCCAUGGUCGUUCUCGGUUCCGCUUAUUUUCUGCCGCAGUCAGAAAUUAUUUCAGCUUCAGUCAGACGGUGUAGCUGCUCCAGGCCAGCUAACAGUGCCUCUCUCGGUCGCUCUGUUUUACUGGACUGGUUGAGCUUCCAAGUGCUCGUCUGCUAACUGAACGCUAACGUUACAGGUCUUGUUUUUAUUUUCGGUGUUUUAAUGCUGUGUUGACCUUGCUGAACUACAUUUGUUCAUCAGCCUGGUUGCUGGGUGUUUGUGCUGUAUCUGCUUUGCUAGUAGCAGCAUUAGCUAGCUAAGCUAGCUAGCUAACUUUCUCGCGGUCAGGUAAUGCUGCUGCAAUAGUGACACCCAAAGUCAGACGACUUCAAAGGCGGUGCAAAGCAGAGGAAGGCUUGAGGGAAAAGCACAUACAGGGUCUUUGUGCCAGGGUUUGCACCCUUUGGACGCAUCACUGUUUCCUGUCUCCCUUCCUCUUUGACCAGAGCCAUGACCGCUCAAAGAGAGUCUGACACAGUGAACCUGCGACUGAUCCUUGUAAGUGGGAAGACUCAGGAUUUCACCUUCUCCCCCAAUGACUCAGCAACAGACAUUGCUCGUCAUGUCUUCGAAAACUGGCCAGCAGGAUGGGAAGAGGAGCAGGUGAGCAGCCCCAGUAUCCUCAGACUCAUCUUCCAGGGCCGGUUCCUACAUGGCAAUGUCACACUAGGAGCUCUGAAGUUGCCCCCUGGCCGAACAACUGUCAUGCACUUGGUUGCCAGAGAGACGCUGCCAGAGCCCAACUCCCAUGGUAAGAGCUGAACUGUCCCUUUGGCAGCCUUUUUAUGCCCUUCU